UUAUAUCGAGCAGGCGUGUGCAUAGUUCAACUUAGUGUAUUUGUAUUGAGUUUCCAAUAACAAUUGUGUCUCCUCUUAUCAGAGCCAAUUUUCGAAAUACAAAUAAAAUAAAUUAGUUCGAAAGUAAUGAUCAAAAGAUAAUUUUAUUUAUUUCAAUUUACAAAUUAAAUUAAGCGAAAAUUUAUUGAUUCAAAUUGAGUAAAACGUGUUGAACAAAUAUGCUGAUGAAAAUUGGGUGCACUCUUUUUGUUAUGGCUGAUUGAAAUUCUUAUUUUUUUUCUCUUUGCUGUAUGUCAAAAACAAGUUCAGGUCAUGUACUUAGCACGACGUAUGGCAGCGAAUGGAAAUCACAAACAAACCCAAGACAUCAACUGCAUUUAAUAAACGUUUUUCAAGAUUAGUCUUUCUCCUCUUCAAUUGUGUACAGCUCAAUUUUUGGAAGCAUCGUAGUGCCCCGGGUUAUGUUCUUUUUAAAUAAUCACAGCAGGCAUGAUUGACGAAGGCACCUUAGUGCUCGCCCAUUUAUAAACGCAAUUCCUAUCUUUCGAAACAGUGGCGAUGAAUUCAUUCCGAACUUCUUUGUUUUUUAAAUAUACCGACUUGGUGAUGAUCAGAUUAUUAUUAUUAUUAUUAUUAUUGACAUUAUCUUAAAAAUAUUGGCAAGUCUUAGCCUAAUAUAAAUAUGUGAAAUUUAGUUAUAUACUUCGACAAGUAUUAGCUGAUAUUUUGAGCAAAUAUUGGACCUAUCCAUCAAUUCAAAGAAAUUAAGGAAAGAUCAGUCUUUUAUUGAAACCGUAUUCAUUUUUUGAGCGCUUGGUGGUGACAAGAAAUUUCGUCGGUUUGAUAUAAAAUAUUCCGACUUAAAAUAUUACAUCGACACCUUAUGCCAUUAGUAUGAAAUGUCAGAUAUCCAUGAGGAUAUUUUUGACAUAUGUCAUUUCUAACCAUCAUUGAGGUUCACAUUUUUUUCAAUUAAUCGUGUCACCAUUUAUCGCUUCUGCACCGUCAUAAAAAUUCUAAUUGAAUUAUUUCUGAAUAUCAUAAACGAUUUCAACUUGGAAAGAAAAAAAUGAUUAUUUAUAACAAUAAGGGAAAUCCGUAUGGAUUAAAAGUGGAGAUCUGCGUUCGCUUGGCCGGAUCCAACAUUGUUAUCAAGGAGAUUACUUCAGCAGAUCUCAACAAAUAUAGUUUUCCGCAUUUCCCAUUGUUGGAAUUGAAUAAUGGAAAUUACAUUUUUUCAACUGACGCAAUAAUCAAGUAUCUGCUACCAAAUGAAGAACCUAUUGAAUUGAGAGACCAAUGGUUAGAGUGGAGUUCAACGCGCUUGGCUCCAGCAAUAAUAUCAAAAAAUAUGAUCGGACAUCCAAAACAGGCACAAGCAGAGGCUGUGUUGAAUCAUUUGAUAUUACAAUUGGAUCUUCAAUUGACUGACAGGAACACAUUAUUUUUAACUGGAUCGAAACCAACUUCAGCUGACUUUAGUAUUUGGAGUUUCUUAGCGCAAGACAAGACUACAUUGAAAUUGCCCAGAGUUCAUGAGUGGUUUAAUCGUGUUGCGUCUGAACCAUGUAUAAUGGCAUUGAAUUUAAAUCUAAAACAGAUGAAAAUCGAUGUAUCCGCCGUAUCUAAAGCCAACAAGUUUGGUGGUAUACCUCAUAUUCGUGUUGAAGUACCUAUUAUUGAAAACGAAUGUCGUGGUUUGGACGAUUCACCAAGUCACAUUUCUGAAACCAUAACUGAAGCUGAACUAGCCUUUGCCAAAAAUUCAUUCAUUUUUAUAGAAUCUGCAACAGUUGCUGAACCAAAAACAGUUCUACCUAAACCGAAUCAAAGAAAUAUUCUGGUCACUUCAGCGUUGCCUUAUGUUAAUAAUGUUCCUCAUUUGGGGAAUAUUAUUGGAUGUGUUUUGUCUGCAGAUAUUUUUGCACGUUAUUCGAGGCUUGCUGGUUAUACGACAUUGUAUAUUGGUGGCACUGACGAAUAUGGAACAGCAACAGAAACGAAGGCUCUUGCAGAGAAUUUGACUCCCCAGCAAAUUUGUGAUAAAUAUUUUGAUAUUCACAAUAACAUUUAUCGUUGGUUUGGUAUUGGUUUUGAUUAUUUUGGACGUACCUCAGCAGCUGAGCAUAAAACGAUUGUUCAACAAUUCUUCAAAGAGCUACAUGGAACGGGAUAUUUGAAACAGGAAUCGGUGGAUCAAUUAUUGUGUCAGAAAUGUGACCGUUAUUUGGCUGAUCGGUUUGUUGAAGGAACUUGUCCCCAUCCUGGCUGUAGCUAUGAAGACGCUAGAGGAGAUCAGUGUGAUGGUUGCGGAAAGCUAAUAAAUGCUGUAGAAUUAAUACGACCACGAUGUAAAAUAUGCAACGCAGCUCCUAUAAUUCGUGCAUCGAAACAAUUUUUCUUGGACUUACCUAAGAUUGAAGACACAUUAACCGAAUAUGUGGAUUCUGUAUCAUCUUCCUGGACCUAUAAUGCACGUGUCAUUACGAAAGCCUGGUUGAAAGAGGGCCUGAAACCACGCUGUAUAACCAGAGAUCUGAAAUGGGGUGUUCCAGUACCCUUGGAAGGGUACGAAAACAAAGUUUUUUAUGUUUGGUUUGAUGCGGUGCUCGGCUAUAUAUCUAUAACAAGUAGAUAUACGAAAGAAUGGAAACAGUGGUGGCAACCAAAAAAUGAAAAUAUUAAAAUUGAUUUGUUUCAAUUUAUGGCCAAAGACAAUGUUCCAUUUCAUUCUGUAGUUAUGCCGUCAAUGCUAUUAGCAAUGAAAAAUAGGUUCACUAAAGUUACUCAUAUCAUGGCCACGGAAUAUUUAAACUAUGAAGACGGAAAAUUCAGUAAAAGUCGGGGCAUUGGUGUAUUUGGUAAUGAUGCACAAGACACCGGUAUUCCAGCGGAUGUUUGGCGCUACUAUUUGGCCGCUGCCCGACCCGAAGCUCAAGACUCCAGUUUCAGUUGGAAUGAUUUGAUUGCACGAAAUAACUCUGAAUUAUUGAAUAAUUUGGGCAACUUUAUUAAUAGAGCACUGGUAUUUUGCGAGAAAAACUUUAACUCUACCAUUUCUGCCAUUCAACUUUCGGAUGUCGAAUGUAAUUUAUUGGCACUUAUCAAUCGUGAAAUCAAAGGCUAUAUAUUUUGCAUGGAAAAGGGUAAAUUAAGAGAUGGAAUUCGUCAUACUAUGUCUAUAUCUCGCAAUGGAAAUCAAUAUUUGCAAUCGCAACAGCCAUGGGUUUUGCUUAAGGGUUCUGAGGAAGAGAAGAAACGGGCAGCAACAAUCAUUUCGUUUAGCUGUAAUAUUGCAUGCAUUUUGGCUAGUUUAUUAUCUCCGUUCAUGCCGGAAACAUCACGUAGAAUCUGUAGUCAGCUUAACAUUCAACGUAUUCCCGUGGAUGUUGAUAAACCUGCAUUACAACAGCAUCUCAAGGCGGGCCAUAAAAUUGGAAAACCAGUGCCACUUUUCGAAAAAAUUGAACAAUCGCGUUUAGAAGAAUUGAAGAGACGAUAUGGAGGAUCGCAAGAAGAAUCGCAACACACCUCGGAAAAGAACGCCAAUAUUCAAACCAUUGAAGACAUGAAGAAGUUGGUUGCAGUACAAGGGAGCAAACUCCGAGAGUUGAAGGCAUCAAAAGCUGAAAAGAAUGUUGUUCAAGAAGAAGUGAAAAUCCUUUUAGAUUUGAAGGAGAAACUUGAAAAUUUGAGAAAAAAAUCAAACAUACAGAUACAGUGAACGAACUUAAGUUUUUUCACAUUCGUAGGAAUGGGGGAAGAUUCCGGUAGAGAAAUCCACAAUUAACAUCUUUUCCUACUUUCAACUCAAAAGAAUCUGCGAAGAAAAAAUACUUUCCUUUUAAAAAAUAUAAAUUCAAAUACUAUAUAACACA